ACCAUUUCUGCAGGACUCCAUCUUGCAGGAUCUGAAAGAUGCUGCUGAGGUGGAAGAAACACUGAAGCGAAUUCAGAGCCAAAAAGGAGUGCAAGGAAUUAUUGUUGUUAAUUCUGAAGGUAUUCCGAUCAAAAGUACUAUGGACAACUCCACAACAAUUCAGUACGCGGGCCUCAUGCACAGCUUCAUCAUGAAGGCAAGGAGCACUGUGCGAGACAUUGAUCCCCAGAAUGACCUCACAUUCCUGCGGAUCCGCUCCAAGAAAAAUGAAAUCAUGGUUGCACCAGAUAAAGACUACUUCCUGAUUGUCAUCCAGAACCCAACUGAAUGAUUACACUGACUUGGUCUGGUUUUUUUCCCUUUGCCCAACUCUUUUUUUACUUUAAUGGUAAAGAAUAGAGCGUUAGUGUUAACUCUGCUGUGCCACUUCAGUAAUGUCUGGAAAAACAAAAGCAGGUGUUUUUGUUGUUUACAAACAGAAAAAGUGGCUUUUUUUUUUUGUAUCACAAGUUGUUUUGUGGAGGAGUUGGUGAAUUAGAAUCAGGCAGUAAAAAAUGCAACAGAUUCUUUUAAUAGUUAAGAAGAUAAUAUAAUAAAGUUCUAAUAAUGUUCUAAAAAAUACUA